CCAAAACUAACUAAUGCCCCCGAGACAAAUUGUUCAAACAUCAAUUUAUUUCAGCUAGCAAAUAAUUCAAAGGGGGGAAAUUAUAAAGAUGUCAAGGUUGAUUCAAGAGAAGAAGCUGGGUGCAGGACGUGUUGUGGCAGUGGCAAUUGAAAACAACAAAACAAGCCAAUAUGCAGCGAAAUGGGCAGUUGACAAUCUUCUUCCCAAAGACCAAGCUCUCCUAUUGCUCCAUGUUAGGCAAAGAGUAUCUUCCAUUCCUACGCCAACGGGAAACCUUGUAUCCCUUGAAGGCAACGAUGAUGUGGCCAGAGCAUACAUGCAACAAAUGGACAACGAAUCCAAGGAGCUUUUCGCUUCAUUUCGUGUCUUCUGCAAUAGAAAGAGCAUACAAUGCAAAGAAAUCUUAUUGGAGGACAUGGAUAUAAGUAAGGGAUUAAUAGAAGGUAUUUCUAAGUAUUCCGUGGAGCUUCUGGUACUCGGGGCAGCUUCAAGGAGUGGUCUUGUCAGAAGAUUUAGGACAUCUGAUGUUCCAAGUCUUGUGUCCAAAGGGGCACCACCAUUCUGCACUGUGUACAUUAUUGCCAAAGGAAAAAUCUCAUCUGUGAAAACUGCAACUGCUCCACUAACUGCUAAACCUCCAGCCCGUAACAAUACAAUGCAGCCGCAGCAGUCUCUCCAAACUCCUGAGAGAAUGGAUACACAAAUAACACGUAACCCCAUCCCACCACGACCAUCAUCAGAGAAGCCAUCAUACAUUGUCCGCCAGCUAUCAUCAGAUGAAGACGAAAUCAUAUCACCAUUCACCAGAUCUGGUAGAGGAAAUUACAUAUCAUACGAGUCCUCAAUUCCCGACUCUGAUAUUUCAUUCGUGAGCAGUGGAAGGCCAAGUGUUGAUAGGAUGUUCCCUUCAAUGUAUGAUGAUAUGGACUCUGGAACUAAUCGGCUUUCAACAGGCUCAGAUUUUGAUGUCAGAAGCUUUGGUUCUUCAUUCUCAGGAGCCAAGUCAAUAGAUCAUGGUGACUAUUCAUUCAGUUCACAAGACAGUGGGACAUCGAUGUCAUCGUCAAUGUUUUCAGCUUCGGAUGAAGUGGAAGCUGAAAUGAGGAGACUGAAGCUAGAACUGAAGCAGACAAUGGAAUUGUACAGCUCAGCGUGUAAGGAAGCUAUGACAGCAAAGCAAAAGGCACUAGAACUUCAGCGUUGGAAAGUGGAAGAACAAAGGAAAUUGGAAGACGCACGAUUAGCUGAAGGAACAGCAUUGGCAAUGGCUGAGAGGGAGAAAGUUAAAUGUAUGGCUGCCAUGGAGGCAGCAGAAACAUCUCGAAAAAUUGCAGAGUUGGAAGCACAAAAGAGAAUGAGUGUAGAGUCCGCUCACAAGAAGAAGAACGCAGAUAUCCUUUCACAUAGUCCUGCCAGGUACAGAAAAUACACUAUAGAGGAGAUAGAAGAGGCAACAAAAUUCUUUUCCAACUCUCUCAAGAUUGGCGAAGGUGGUUAUGGACCAGUCUACAGGUCUGAACUAGACCACACGCCAGUUGCAAUAAAAGUGUUAAAACCAGAUGCAGCUCAGGGACGUUCACAGUUUCAGCAGGAGGUUGAAGUGCUAAGUUGCAUAAGGCAUCCAAACAUGGUUCUCCUCCUUGGAGCAUGCCCAGAGUUUGGGUGCUUAGUGUAUGAGUACAUGGCUAAUGGAAGUUUGGAUGAUUGCCUCUUCCGGAGAGGCAACAAACCAGCUCUUCCUUGGCAACUAAGAUUCCGAAUUGCUGCAGAGAUUGCCACCGGGCUCCUUUUCCUACACCAGACGAAGCCCGAACCCCUGGUGCAUCGCGACUUAAAACCCGGAAACAUUUUGCUUGACCGUAACUAUGUGAGCAAGAUCAGUGAUGUGGGAUUGGCAAGGCUUGUCCCUCCUACAGUUGCAGACACAGUGACACAGUAUCGCAUGACAUCAACUGCUGGAACUUUCUGUUACAUUGACCCUGAGUAUCAGCAAACGGGCAUGCUGGGAAUCAAAUCUGAUAUUUAUUCACUGGGGAUCAUGCUUCUACAGAUGAUAACAGCCAAGCCACCAAUGGGACUGACUCACCAUGUUGGAAGAGCUAUUGAGAAGGGGACUUUUGCGGAUAUGCUCGACCCAGCCGUUGAGGACUGGCCAGUUGAACAUGCCUUGCAUUUUGCCAAGCUUGCAUUGGCGUGUGCAGAAAUGAGAAGAAAAGAUAGACCUGAUCUUGGAAAAGUUGUAUUGCCUGAGCUCAACAAACUCAGAGAUUUUGCUGAAGAAAACAUGCCCAUGAUGAUGAUGUUCGGUAUGUCCACUGGAUUCACUCCCAGAAACAACUACAAUUACUCAAGCUCCACCUUUUCCUCAGUUCAAGACUCCAUGAGUGAAUCCCAGUCAAUGUCAGGGAUGUCUGGAUAUGAAAGCCGCUCAAGCUCAUCGUCACCGGGGAGAAUGUAAACUGCACUUAAUAAUGCUAAUAUGUUACAAGUGGACGACAAGGCAGCAGGUUUAACAACUUGAUGACAUCACAACAAGCACUUCAAAGCCAAGUUUUAGUUUACUUUGUCUUGAAGAAACUCGAGAAUGUAUCUAGCGGUUUUUGUCAAUCUACAAAAUCCAUAGUCGAGUUUGAUUAGUUUUCAACUUCAUUCAACUUUUUCUAGAAAGCACAAUGAACUUAAGUCACGUCUGUACCUUUUUCCCUAAAUUGCUAACCUCGCUUUCAAAUAUCAAAGGUCGUUUCUUUGUUCCGUGACUAAUGUCUGACGGCCCAGACGACAAUUUCCAUGGCUGAUAAGG